ACUCGGAAGCGACCUCUCAGUCGUUGCUCUGUGUGAGGAGGCCCCGGGGUAAUGGAGGCGGGCGCGUGGGGCGGCGGGCGGCUGGGCGCGGGGCGGGCGGGCUGCGGCCUCUGAGGCUGCCGCCAUGUACGCUGCCGCCGCCGCCGCCGUCGCCGCCUCGCCGCCCAGGCGGGAUUUCAUCUCCGUCACCCUCAGCCCGGAGGAGGCGGUGGGCGCCGGCGGCUACAACAACAGCAAGGCCUGGAGACGGCGCUCCUGCUGGCGGAAAUGGAAGCAGCUGUCUCGACUACAGCGGAGCAUAAUUCUCUUCCUGUUUGCCUUCUUGACGGUCUGCGGAGUCAUUUCAUAUACAAGCGUGGGGGAACCUUGGAAAAGUUUAACAAGCAAAUCAUCGGACGAGCAUGGAACAGAACCAGAUGCACCUGGAUUGAGGCUGGCAAAUCCAGCUGUCCUACCAGCGCCCCAGAAGGCAGAUGCCAACGCUGGAGACUACCCAGAGCUUUCACCUCAGAAGAAGCCAAAAUUACCACAUGGUCGGCGUAAUCCUUCCAAUUUUCAGAUCAAGCCCCCUUGGGGAGAUGUGAGGCUGCAAACCCGACAUGACACCAGGAAGGCAGUAGAAGAUCCAGCCCAGGCUGAUAAACAAGAGAAAACAGAGAAAUCUGUUAUCAGCUGGAGAGGAGCAGUGAUAGAACCUGACCAAAGCAGUGAACCUCCAUCUAGUAGAGUAAAGGAACCAGAAAAACCUUCAUCUGUGGAAGGUGAAAGCCAGAAAGAACCAGUGCCCAUAAACGAACGUCAGAUGGCUGUGAUAGAAGCCUUCCGCCACGCGUGGAAAGGAUACAAAGAUUUUGCCUGGGGCCAUGAUGAACUGAAGCCAUUAUCCAAGUCUUACAGUGAGUGGUUUGGCCUCGGGCUUACCUUGAUUGAUGCCUUGGAUACUAUGUGGAUUUUAGGCCUGAGAGAAGAGUUUGAAGAAGCAAGAAAAUGGGUAGCAAACGAUUUAGCCUUUGAUAAAAAUGUGGAUGUGAACCUGUUUGAGAGCACUAUUCGUAUUCUGGGUGGCUUACUGAGCACCUACCAUCUCUCUGGAGAUAGCCUCUUCCUGGAAAAAGCUAAAGACAUUGGGAACAGGCUCAUGCCAGCAUUCAAGACUCCUUCCAAAAUUCCGUACUCUGACGUCAACAUUGGCCGGGGCACCGCACACCCACCCCGCUGGACGUCUGACAGCACUGUGGCAGAGGUGACCAGUAUACAGCUGGAGUUCAGAGAGCUCUCUCGUCUCACUGGGGAUGAAAAAUACCAGAAAGCUGUUGAUGAGGUGAUGAAACAUGUUCACACCCUUUCAGGGAAAAAUGAUGGACUGGUGCCUAUGUUCAUAAACACCAACAGUGGGCAGUUCACUCACUUAGGUGUUUAUACUCUGGGAGCCAGAGCUGACAGCUACUAUGAGUAUUUACUCAAGCAGUGGAUUCAGGGUGGGAAAACAGAAAAUGAACUGUUGGAGGACUAUAUGAAAGCCAUAGAAGGCGUGAAAAAGCAUCUUCUUCAGAGAUCACAACCCAAGAAGCUUACCUUUGUAGGAGAGCUUGCUCAUGGCCAUUUCAGUGCCAAGAUGGAUCACUUGGUUUGUUUUCUGCCUGGGACUUUGGCUCUGGGAGCUCACAAUGGAUUGACUGCUGAUCAUAUGAAGCUGGCCGAAGCCCUGAUAGAAACAUGUUACCAGAUGUAUGCACAAGUAGAGACAGGCCUGAGUCCAGAGAUUGUGCACUUCAAUCUCCAUGCACAAAAGGGCCACAAAGAUGUAGAAAUCAAGCCUGCAGACAGGCACAACUUACUGCGACCAGAAACUGUGGAAAGCCUUUUUUAUAUGUACAGAUUCACCGGAGAUAAGAAAUACCAAGACUGGGGCUGGGAAAUCUUGCAGAACUUCAAUAAAUACACACGGGUUCCAACAGGUGGUUAUACUUCUAUUAACAACGUUCAGAACCCCAGUAACCCAGAGCCACGAGAUAAGAUGGAGAGCUUCUUUCUUGGGGAAACACUCAAAUACAUGUUUCUACUGUUUUCAGAUGACAUAGACUUAAUUAAUCUUGACAAAUACGUAUUUAACACAGAAGCUCAUCCACUCCCCAUCUGGGUGCCAGCAUAGACUGGAUCUCAGGAGGGCUUCCAGUGGCGGUGUUUUUACCUUCAAGUCACUUUACUUUUCAGGGUGUGUGGAGAGAUGCUAUAUGACACCUUUUCUGGCUUAAACAAAACCUUUGAGAAAGCAUCUCUCAUUUGGAGAUGUCAUGUUAGUCUUAAACCUAAUCCCUGUGCUUUGGACCUGGGAUGAAAAAACUGUGCAAUAUUAAGCUGCUUUUCCUGGUAUUGAUGGUGAGGUUCAGAGAAUAAUCAUAGUGUGGACCAUGACACAGGGCUCUGGUGAAUCAGAACCCCUUUUGUCAGUCUUACUAAGUGCUAAUUAAAUACUAGGAAUGCAGAAAGUUAUCUUAAAGCACAGGAGUGUCUGGAGAGAAGGAAUAAAGCCUACAAGUUUCUGGUUUAUUCCCAACAUAUGAAACACCUGGUUAUGGCACCACUUCUUCAUAAGUGCCUGUGGUGUUUCAGAUAAGUGGAAUAAACAGUGAAUGUUGUCCCAGGUAGAUGUAAAGCUGUCAGUGUUGGUACUGAUAGUCAGAUCUCAUUCCAAACAACCAAGCUAUGCUGCAUCGUGUUAGAAGGAGGAAGUGGCAGCAAAGUGUCUGUUGUACAGUGUCUUAGUUUUAUAGAGCACUUUGAACAAUCUGUUCAAGCGGUGGCUGAAAUGAAUGGUGGGAGAGAAUUUGCUGCUGGUUUGGCUUAAAAUGGUAUAUAAUUUUGUAGACAUAUUGCGGUUUUUUAACUUAUCUGCAGGAACGCAGGAGACAAUGUGAAAAAAAAAAGUGAAUACACACGCAUUUUAUGUAUUAAUUGCAUCAGUUAGACUCAGGUAUUCUGACUGAAAGCUGCUUUGUGAGGUUGGGCACUGGGAAAGCUUGUGAGCACAUUAAGUAUAAUUCCAUGUCAGCCUCCUCCCAUGCCUUCCUGUUCACAUCUUGCAUUGUGUUUGUUGACUCAGCAGGCUUAGAACUGUAUAGCAAACUUCACGUUAUUCAUCAGCUUUUGGACUGUUGAGAAGUUGUCAGGGUUUUUUUUUUUUCUGAUAGGAGUACUUUGGGUAGAAGUAUUUCCAUGAGGAGCGCUACAAGCAGACAGUCUCCACGUGUUAUGACAAUUUCUGGUCCCAGUAGAAUUACUGAAAUCUACUCAGUUUGAAAAGAAAGCAGAGCUAGGCUUGCUUCUCAACGAAUCCUAUGGGAGCCUUCGGACCUUUUGUUUUUACAUGUGCACGAUAGGUUUUAAACCAUGAAUUUGGAAAUCGGCAUUCUUCUGUUUCAGCAUUCUGUAGCUUUCUACCUUGUGAUUUUGUAACUGUAUGGACAGUCUUAUAUUCACCAAUCUCAGAAGUGUGCUUGUUUGUAUUUUUUUAUAGAGAUUGUUCUUGCCAAAACAUCCUUUUUUCCUCUCUAAUGAAUUAAUAGGAGCAGUGGGAAGUAUGCAGGUGUGUGGGGGUGGGGGUGAGAUACAGUCCCCUCAUAAUCGAGGGCUUCAAAACAGAACUAAUCGAAUCUGACUCCGAUGGUUAAUUUCCAUGGUUUGGGUAUAUGUGUGUUUUACAGUCUUUGUAACCUUUGAUUUGUAAAGUAAAAUACUGCUUUGUUCUGUGCUGACCAGUUCUGUUUACUGGAUUCAGAACUUGCCCAUUGGACCACUCUUAAAGUCCUUUAAAGAACAUUUAUCAUUCCACGUAGUAACGAUGGCUUCUGGGAGUGGAGAAAUAGUGCAAAUUACACGAAUGCACCUUUUUUUUCUGUCAGCAGAGAGACCCUGAGAUGUCCUAGGCAGGACAAACCUGUGCAGAAGGUUCAUGUUCCUCCUGCUCCAAGGACAGCAGUAACUUUGGAAGGUGUUGCUUGGCCUUGUGCCUCCCGCUGCAGCUCAAAGAGAUCCCUGAACUGCACAUUUUGCAGUGAAUCCGGAAUUGGUGUUUCAUCUAUGGGGCAAACCCCACGGAGGAAAUAAAGAUAAUUCUUAGGAUGUGGAAUGCAUUAAAGAGCUUGACAGAAGUAAGUUGGUGGAGUCUUGCACUAAUCUUAGUGUAGUUAACUCUACAAAUAGUUUUCUUCUGUCUCGUGUGAGGGUAAUGCUAAUCCACUGCAGAACGAGUGAAAGGAAGAAGAAUAAACAUGCACUUUCCCUUAAAAAAGGGAAAGUAUUGUAAAACAAUACUUCUUGUCUCAGAGCUGAGCUUGCUGGUCCAACUCAUUUCUGCUCUACCUAGUUCUUCCUGGGAAACUGAGUUGUCUUUGCAAAAUGUCUGUACUGUGCACAUCUCUUAAAUAUGAAGUUAAGAUUGCUCAGCUCUGUUUAGUUUAGAAAGCAAAUGUUUGACUUCUCUUUCACGUAUGAAAUGGCACAAACCUAAAUAAUCUGAUAAGAGCUCAUCUGCUUCCUCCUGUUCUUUUGCAGAGGUCAUUUAAAUUGCUUAUUUAUUUUUGGUUCCUUAGCAUAAGGUGUUGUCUUAUCAGCCUGUGAACUUUGCCCUUCUUACUUCUCUUAUACACGUCUCCUUGCUGCCCUCCCUGAAGCCCAACAGAAACUGCACACCUUUAAAUUCUUUUUUUCCCUCAUGGUGUGGGGUUGCACUCCUGUGCUUCUUUGAACCAAAGCCUUAACUUUGGGGUCUGUAAUCCACUUCAGUGUUUUGACAUCGUGGUGUGAUCAGGUUGAACGUGGGGAAAAAGUUAUUACUUCAAGCCAAGAUUUUCUCCUUUUGCACAAAGAGCUGCCUUGGUUUCUCUCCAAGAGCUUGAGUGCCUUUGUCUAAUUAAAAUAAAGCAAAAAAGCCCAGUCCUUCCCAUCUGUACUGUUCACUGAGAAAUGGAUGGGGUAAGACAGCCAUCGAGAUCCUCAGGUGAAGAGCUGGAAGCAUCCUGCUUGGAAUUUUACCUGUUUGCUCAAAGAAAAUUCAGUAUCUGGAUGUGGGCACAUUUAGCAUCUAAUCUGUUCAACCUUCUUGAGCACGGAACUUUCCAUACCAGGCAUGGAAACUGGCAGUUUGGCAGAGUCCAUGGCAUUGGCUUACAGGGAGCUUCCGUGUUUCACACCACUUUCUGAUUGUGAGGUUCUCAGUAUUGCAUGCCAAGCUCAAACACAGCAGUGUUUACUUCUCCAAAUAUGAGCAGUCGGCUUUCUUUCCUAUUCCGUAGUGUGAUGUUGCAGAGGUAAGGGAUGCAUAAAGGAUUUCUUGCAACUGCCAUGUUUUGAACAGUUUGUGGCAGUUCUGCUCUUGAAGACAAUUUAAAAUUAUUUAUAUAACACUUCAUGUAUAUCCCUCACACUGCGGAUUCCUCUGGGGCAAGUACUGUUUGCAGAAGGAAACUAAGGGAUUCAUGUAGUCUAUUGUAAGAAUUAAAGAACUUGUAUCCCUCUGGAAGAUCACAAGACACCUUGGGAACCUAUUAAUGGAAAGGCACAAAGCAAGCAACUGUCCAAAGGUGGUAACUUGCAGACUACUACCCGAAAGACUGAUACUGAACUUGGCUGCUGUAAUGCAUUUCUGGCUUGGUUUAGAGUGCCUGCUUGCUGGGAGCUGCGGUAAGGCAGGGACAAAGGCAAUAGAGGCAAGAUGUGAUCCUCUGUGCCUGCACAGACACCUGCUGCUAUAUGCCUUUUUUACGUGGUGCUAAUCCUGAACAAUUGCUGGGGUACAGCAGAUCUCAGUGCAGAAGUCGGGGUCUGCGUGCGGGGCGAGAGAAUGCCGGACUCCAGCUCAGUGCGGCUGGAGGUGGCAGAGCAGUUUGAGCCGUAGUUUCAGCAAGACAACCUGAGGCCUGGCUUCAGUGUGAGCCAAAGGCAUGCUGACAGAUCCUAAGCAGAGGAAGCAGGCUUUCCUACAGCGCAUGAGGGGAAAAGAAUAUCUUAAUGAGGUUGUAGUUCUAUUAACAGUCUUAAAGCCUCUUGGGGCUGGAGUUUGCCUAAUCAGGUCUUCGGUGUGUUGCUCUUCAUUUGUAUCUGAAUAAUUCGAUGAAUAGACCAUCCUGUCCACACCCCUCGAAGAGGAGCACAGGGCAGAAGCUUUGUCCUUUUGAGCUUAAGAACAGGGAAGAGGUCGUAACCAAAUUAGGUCGUAUGCAAAAAAGCAACAGCAACAAAUAAAAAACAUAGACCUUUUAUCAGCACCUGAAUAUUGUGAAAUAACAUCAGUGACCAACGGUCUAACUCUGGGAACCAGUGUACUGUGACAGCAGGGAGGACCUGGCAGUGCAAAUACUUGUGUUUAAGCCAUGUGAUAUAAGUUGGAGCAAUGCUGUGACUGUGUAAGCAGUGUAAGCCUGUGGUGAGCGGCGAGGCUUCUCCACUGACUCAUAAAAGCAUUGUACAGUGAUGAAAUGAGGCAUCCAGCUGACGACCAAAACAUGUAUUUUUACAGUUCUGCUGGAAUUUGCUGGUACAGAGCACAUCAAGUAGGUGAGAAUCUACCUGUUAAAGUGCAGAGAUAGUUUGCUCCACUUUGAAAAAUCAAAACAAUCCUUCGUUGUCGUCUUCAGUUAUACUUAACAAGCCAUGAAAUUGUCACACACUUAAAUAAACUUGUUAUUUAUUUUAAAGAGCUGAA